UUUGUUCAAACAUCAGUUUCUAACUUCCACUUCACCAGCUUCUUUGCUACCCAGGUCUGUGACCUUGACAUUCGUUGUUACCACACUCUUUCUCUACACUCUUUCAAAGAAGCUAGCUUCUUGUCACUCUCUCUUACAACUACCUUUCCAACAAACCAAUCAACCAGCAGAAUGAAGUCCUACUCCGCCGCCAUUGCCCUCGCUGGCUUCGCCUCCUCCGUCGCCGCCCACGGCUACAUCACUUCGCCCUCCCCUCGUCUCCCUGGUAACGGCCUCAAGGCUGCCUGUGGUGAGCAGGUCUACAACCAGCAGAGCUCCGACCACAAUGGCAACGUGCAGGGUUCUAUCCAGAACCUCCAGGGCGAUCACCCCGACUGCCGCAUAUGGCAAUGCAAGGGCAUUCCCUUCAGCGACGCCGGGGAGGUCUUUGAGUACACCGCGGGCCAGGUGGUUCCCAUGACCGUCGAUAUCGCCGCGCCCCACGACGGCGUUGCCAACGUCUCCAUCGUCAGCAUCAAGACGGACACGGUCAUCGGCUCGGCCCUCAAGAGCUGGGACAGCUACGCGCUCACCUCGUCGCCCAUCUCCGAGCACCCGGAAUGGACAAGCUUCGACCUCACCAUGCCCGACGUCAGCGCCGAGUGCGCGAACAAGGGCGACUGCGUCAUCCAGUGGUACUGGAACGCCGCAUCCAUCGACCAGACGUACGAGUCGUGCGUCGACUUCACCAUGGGCGCCGGCUCCGGCUCCGGCUCCGGCACAACUCCUGAGUCCAGCGCUCCCGCUGCCUCGUCUGCUGCUGCUACAUCCGCCCCUGCUGCUACGUCCGCUGCCCCUGCUUCAUCUGCCGUCCCUACCUCCGCCGCCGCCGAGGCUACACCGCUCCCCAGUUCCACGACCCCUGCCACCCCCUCUGCCACCGGCUCUACCGGCACUGGCUCGUCCACUCUUCCCGAGGAGUUCACUAUCGAGCAGUUUAUCUCUUGGCUCGAGGCGAACGCUGGCUCCAGCGCUGUGCAGAAGCUGCGCCGCGCGAUUGCGGCCCGCACUGCGCGCACCCACGCGCGCGCAUUCCGCGGUUAAGCAGUGAGACCUGUGUAUAGAUAGUCAGAAUCGGUUGUUGAAUGGCGUGGUGUGAUGGUUCUGUUCUCUUGUAGAUAUAAACUUCAGUCUUGAAUAUACCUUCCACUACGGUGGGCCUUCUACAUUUCAUGUCUGCUUGCCUUGACUCUUGGUUCCUCUCGCAA